AUGUCGGAUGAUUCCUUUGAUGAAGCCGUAAAAUUCAUUUCCGAAACAACAUGUAUGAAGGCAUCUGAUGAGCAGAAGUUAACCUUUUACAAGUACUAUAAACAGGCUACUGUGGGAGAUUGUAACACUCCUAAGCCAGGUAUGUUAGAUUUUAAAAAUAAGGCCAAGUGGGAAAGUUGGAAUUCCAUGAAGGGCACAAGUAAGGAGGACGCCAGGAAAGCCUAUGUCGACUUCCUUGAUCAGGUUCAACCAAACUGGAGGAAUAUGAAAAAUUGUGGCUAA